AACUCUUCAUUGCUACAAUCUUGAGAAUACUUAUAAUCCUAAGUGUCUUCUCUCUUCAUCUUCAAGCAUUUUCCCCGGUAUAUCAACAAAGUUUAAGCACCUAUCAGCCUAUAUUAAGUAACCAAUGCCACUCCUUACCAUGUCGAAAGGGUAUAACAGUGACGUGGAAGCGUUGCGUCAAAAGGAGUAUCCUCAUAUGAAUGAUGGAGUCUAUCUAGACCAUAGUGGAUCUACUAUAUAUGCGAAAUCUACUGUCGAUUCGUUUUGCGCAAAAAUGAUCACCAACUUAUACGGAAAUCCGCACUCGGAGAACUCACCAGCUAAGCUUUCCGGUGAUGUUGUUGAUCAGGUUCGGGAGAAGACACUUAACUUCCUCGGCGCAAGUCCGGAGCACUUCGACCUGAUUUUCGUGGCAAACGCCACUGCAGCUAUCAAGCUCGUCGCUGAUUGCUUCAGGGAUCUCUCUGAGAAGACCAGCGACCGGAGGUUCUGGUAUGGGUAUCAUAAAGAUGCGCAUACAAGCAUUGUAGGGGUCAGGGAACUUACAUACGGGCAAUCUUACUGCUUCCAGAAUGAUCAGGAAGUAGAGCGUUGGCUCCGUUCCCCUGAGUCAAGUUACCUUAACCGCCACCACCUUGGUGGGCUGGGGUUGUUCGCCUAUCCUGGACAGUCCAACAUGUCUGGUAGAAGGCUGCCACUAUCAUGGCCGGGGAUUCUGCGCCAAUCAGAAUCCUUACAGAACACUUACUCUCUUCUCGAUGCUGCAGCACUAGCUAUGACAUAUCCUAUGGAAAACAUCUUUCGGGAUGUUAACCAGGCGCCGGACUUCACUUGUCUGUCCCUAUAUAAAAUCUUUGGCUUUCCAGAUAUCGGGGCAUUGGUCGUUCGAAGGGAGUCAGGACACAUUCUGACUCUAAGGAAGUAUUUCGGUGGAGGGACCGUUUCCAUGGUUGGCGUAUUCGGCGAGAAUUGGCAUCGGUCAAAAGGUCUCCAAGCGCCCACCUAUAAGCUCCACGAAGGCCUCGAAGACGGGACCCUACCGUUCCACAACAUUCUCGCGCUAGGCGAGGCUAUUGACGUGCACAAGAGACUAUAUGGUUCAAUGAGCCGAAUUUCGGAUCAUGCUUCCUACCUCAUCUCUAGAUUGUUCCGAGGUCUGCUCACUUUACGCCACUCCAACGGCCGGCCACUUUGCCGUAUCUAUAACGAAAAUAGCGACUUCGAAGAUUCGACAAAGCAAGGAUCCGCCAUUGCUUUCAACGUCUUACGGGCGAGUGGGCAUCAUGUUCCUUACUCUGAUGUUGAGCGUUCUGCCAAUUCUGCGGGCAUCUACAUAAGGUCCGGAGGUGUCUGCAAUCCUGGUGGCAUAUUCACAGCUCUUGGCUAUGAACCGUGGAUGACGGAGCGUGCUCUAUCGGCUGGACACCAUUGUGGCUCACAUGGCAUAAGCAUCAUCCAUAGGCUUCCUACAGGUAUCGUACGUGCAAGUCUCGGGGCUAUGUCGACGAAACAAGAUGUUGACACUUUUCUGGAUUUCCUACGCACUACAUUUCUCGAAGAUGAUCAGGAUUGGGCACACUCGACCCAGACGACUGUUCGCUCACCGCGAGCCGAAGCCUUCGCCUUCGACCUUCCCGUUAAUUACACAACGAGUAACUUCCCCGAUGUACGAGAGGUUCCACGCCCACGCCCUGCCCUGCACCAUUUCACAUCAGCCCCUGAAGCCACACCAAGGGUAAAUCCGCUUGCGAUGCAUGACUUGAUCCACGGUCUCGCUACUGUGAAGUAAAAUAUGAGGCGAUUGGCUAGAGUUGGUUUCCUAGGCGCUUAUAUUUCCUGGAGAAGUAUUGUCAGGUUUCCUUGUACGCGUGCUAUCUUUGUCCGGCACUCAUAUUACUUGGUUGAUUAGUUGGAGUAAUGGAGUGUUUUGGCGUGUCCGUGAUCAGGUCAAGGGGUUAUAUAGUGACACACGUAUCUAGUUAGG